UCGCAGGUUAAACUCCCAGCCCCGCCCCCCCCGUCUCCCAUGUUUGCUAGUGGACGUUUGGACGGCUUCUACGCGUUCUGUGGUGGGUCACUCGAAGGACUAAAACAGUAACCUUAGUUCCCGCAAUGGCUGCAAUACUCCGCUUCGUGCUGAAUAAGAAGACAUCCCCCGUGCAGCUGGGCCGUAUGUGCUACUCGUCUGUGCCCACCACCAAGCUGUUCAUCGAUGGGAAGUUUGUCGAGUCCAACACAUCAGAAUGGCUCGAUAUUCACAACCCUGCCACUAAUGAGGUGGUGGGCCGCGUUCCCAAAGCCACGCAGACGGAGAUGCUGGCCGCCGCGGAGUCCUGCUCCCGUAGCUUCCGCUCCUGGUCGGAGACGUCCAUCCUAAGCCGCCAGCAGAUCUUCCUACGCUACCAGCAGCUCAUCAAAGACAACAUUAAAGAGCUGGCUAAGAUGAUCACGCUGGAACAAGGCAAGACUCUGGCUGAUGCCGAAGGUGAUGUCUUCCGAGGACUGCAGGUGGUGGAGCACGCCUGCAGCAUCACGUCGCUGAUGCUGGGCGAGACGCUGCCGUCCAUCACCAAGGACAUGGACACAUACACCUACCGCCUGCCCAUCGGCGUGUGCGCCGGCAUCGCUCCCUUCAACUUCCCCGCCAUGAUCCCGCUGUGGAUGUUCCCCAUCGGCAUGGUGUGCGGCAACACCUACCUGAUGAAGCCGUCGGAGCGCGUCCCCGGAUGCACCAUGCUGCUGGCCAAGAUGCUGCAGGACGCCGGAGCGCCUGACGGCACGCUCAACAUCAUCCACGGGCAGCACGCAGCUGUCAAUUUCAUUUGCGACCAUCCUGCCAUCAAAGCCAUCAGCUUUGUGGGAUCCAACCAGGCGGGAGAGUACAUCUACGAAAGGGGCUCCAAGAACGGCAAGAGGGUGCAGUCCAACAUGGGCGCCAAAAACCACGGCGUGGUGAUGCCAGACGCCAACAAGGAGAACACUAUCAAUCAGCUGGUGGGCGCCGCUUUCGGAGCGGCCGGCCAGCGCUGCAUGGCUCUCUCCACCGCCAUUUUUGUGGGCGAGUCUCGCGAGUGGCUCCCGGAGUUGGUGGAGCGCUCCAAAUCGUUGCGCGUCAACGCAGGCGACCAGCCCGGCGCUGACGUGGGACCGCUCAUCUCUCCCGAGGCCAAGGCUCGCGUCGAGUCUCUGAUCCAGAGCGGCGUCAAUGAGGGCGCCCAGGUGCUGCUGGACGGCAGGAACGUCAACGUUAAAGGAUACGAGAACGGCAAUUUUGUUGGACCCACCAUCUUGGCCAGUGUAACGCCGGACAUGACAUGCUACAAGGAGGAGAUUUUUGGGCCGGUUUUGGUGGUCCUGGAGGCCGACGACCUGGAUGAUGCCAUCUCCAUGAUCAACAGCAACCCCUACGGCAACGGCACGGCCAUAUUCACUUCCAACGGCGCCACGGCACGCAAAUAUACGCACGAGGUGGACGUGGGCCAGAUUGGCGUGAAUGUUCCCAUCCCUGUCCCCCUGCCUAUGUUCUCCUUCACUGGUUCCAGAGGCUCCUUCAGGGGAGACACCAACUUCUAUGGCAAACAGGGCAUCCAGUUCUACACGCAGAUCAAGACGGUGACGUCACAGUGGAAAGCCGAGGACGCCACCGUGACGAGCCCGGCUGUCACCAUGCCGACCAUGGGACGCUAAUUCUCCAGCACUGCCUUCAGUGACUUUGACAUGUGCCUUAAAAAAAACAUGGCAGAGGAAUGGAUGAAGGCUGUUUUUUAAAGUUGAUUUUAUUGUACAAAACCGAUUUUGUAGGUGGGGGUAUUAUCAGGCUGGUAAACAAGUCGUCAUCAGCUUGCCUCCUAUGGAGAAAGUGUUGUUGGUCCUCAUUAAUAUUGCACAACAAGUUGAAACCUCGUGAUGUCCGCUGUGGUUCGGUUCAAGCCCAGAGUAGCAAUAGUAGGUCAAUUUGAAUUUCCAAGCAGUCACAGUAGUUUGAAAGUGUUUCGGGGAAACUGGAGACAGAGAAAAUGUAAACGGGGCAAAUACUUUUGUAUGGCACUCGCCGACAAGAGCGUCACAGCAUAUGCGUAAAUAAUAUAGUGUCAUCAUGUCUUGUGUUCCCAACUAAAUGUGAUGACACACUUGCCUUUGUCAUACUACCCUGUGUAAGGUGUCUGUGUCAAAUGAAUGGCAAUAAAUUGCAACAGUUCAGAUGA